AAUAUCUUUGCCUCAACUUACACUGCGCUGGACUUUCACGUGAGUUAAAUUUUGUUUUCCCAAAUGUAAAUAUUUCUAAAAUCUUCCGUAAAACACCAGUGUGAGUUUUAUUAAACGGAUAUCUGUAGCUUGAGAUGAUGGAUUCUAUUGCAAAAAUGAGUAACGGAGAACAACCCAAGGUGACCACUGAACCCCAUGUAGUCAAGGAAGAGGUAAUAGCAUCGGGAAAAUGGGUGAAGCUGGAAAAGACCACUUAUGUUGACCCAGUUGGUAACACUAGAAUAUGGGAGACUGUGAAACGGACCACUAGGCAACUAGGCACACAAGCAGAUGGUGUUGGGAUCAUUGCUUUGUUGAAGAGGACUCUCCACAAAGACUGUGUUGUGAUGGUGAAGCAGUUUCGUCCUCCUAUGGGAUCAUACUCACUGGAAUUUCCUGCUGGGCUAAUUGAUGAGGGAGAGACUGCUGAGGUGGCUGCUCUCAGGGAACUGAAGGAAGAAACUGGCUACAAAGGAGAAGUUGUGGGAGUCACCCCAGUGACAUGUCUGGACCCUGGACUGUCCAACUGCACCACUCAGAUAGUCAUGGUAAACAUCAAUGGAGAUGACCCUGAGAAUAUUCACCCAACUCAACAGCUAGGUGAAGGAGAGUUUGUGGAAGUUAUACUCUUACCUCUUGAUGAAUUUCAAGGCAAAAUAGAUGAGCUGAUGAAGAAGGACAAAAUCAUAGUAGAUGCAAAAGUAUACAUCUAUGCCAUGGGGAUGGUACAGGCUUUCUUCAAACCAAGGGAGCUUCCUGUUCUCAAGCCGUAAUGCAUUGAAACUAUGUUGUAUAUUUCAGGCUUGAGGUCUUUCUGUUACAGAUGACAGAACAGAAUGUGAUGUUAUAUCUAAAAGUUUAGCCAUGCAAAGGGUUUGCUAGGACCACAUUUCAAAAACUCAGUAUCAUUAGAAAACAAUUUGUUAAAUAGGACCAUUUACAGUGCAAGAUUUCACCAUUAAGUCGAAGUUCCAGAUUCAUGCUUUUGCAAUGAAUACAAUUUGACAAGCACUUGGUAUGAAA